ACCAGGCAGCCUUGGCAACGGAGCAAACCAUAUGUGACUUAGAGACGAGCGUCCUAGGAAAGCAACUUGAGAAAGCCUAAAGGCGAAUUCUUAUUAUAAAACAGUCAAGCAUAUGUUAAACUAACUAAAAUUAAGAAAGUUAGCACUUUAAAUUCUAAUAUGUCAGCUCUAUGAAAUAUUUAGCAAAGACUACAAAGUUUUAAAUGAUCGACCACCCCUGUAAAGUUUUAGCGAAUGCCUCUUUGGAGAAGACUGGUUCCGACUUGCAAAGAAAAGUACCUUUCAAAAUAUUUAGUUGAUUUAGACAUUGUUUGAUAUUAUAAAAAAAAUCAACAACAAACAACUUCCUAAUCUCGGGUAUCACUUGUACUAAAUUUCCUACCCUGGUAACACAGUAAGCAAGUUUCAAAGUCGUAUGCAGUUCGACCUCAGAACCGGUCGGGCAGUUUUUUAAAGUUGCACCAGGCGGAAGCACGUGGACGUAAGGCGACUCAACAUGGGGAGGGUAAGACGACCAGUGAAACGGAAGCCCCAAAAAAAGGAGUAUGAUAGUGAUGAUUCCUUGCAAGGCAAGAAUGUUAAGGAUCCAGAUAAGAAAUCGUCCCAGUAUUAUCAAGAUGAAGUUGACGAUUUCCAUCAGAGUAAGAUCGAAAAGCUGAUGGGUCAGGGGAUUGAUCUUGACAGCGAUCAAGAAGUACUUCCAGAUGAGGAGGAGGUCAUGGGCCUGGAGCUGACUGAGUCCGAGGAGGAGGAGGAGGAUGCAGCAGAGGAUGAUAACUAUGAAGAAGAACCGAGUGAUAUGGAGAGUGACUUGGAGGGCAAGAAAGAUGAGGAUCUUCCAAACGAGCUUGCCUGGGGACACAGGAAAAAGACGUACUAUGACACAGAUUACUCUGAUAUCAAGGCCAAAUCCCAAGAGGAGAUAGCCAUGGAAGAAGAGGAGGAGGAACAGGAAGCCAAGAGCAUCCAGAACCGCCUUGUUGGCAUCCUAAGUGAAGAGGAUUACGAUUUGAAUCUGCUUCAGGAAUUCUCUAAGGAACAGGAAGGGCAAAAGGAGACUGAGAAGGAGGGUAAAAUUACCAAAGACUUGGAAAAUAUGUCUAGCAAACAGAAACUGAAGUUGCUGAAGAAGGAGUCGCCAGAGCUAGUAGAACUCAUACAAGACUUUAAAGCCAAGCUGACUGAACUCAAAGAUGAGCUCGAGCCUCUUUUGGAAAUGGUGAAUAAUGGCAAGAUUCCUCCUGGAGAAGGUGCCAGUUACCUUCAGAUGAAACAUCAGCUUUAUUUGAAUUACUGCACAAAUAUCAGCUUUUAUUUAGUUCUAAAGGCCAGAAGAAUUCCAGUACACAACCAUCCUGUGAUAGAAAGGCUACUUGCCUUCAGAAAUCUGAUUAACAAAUUAGGAGCUGUGGAUGUUGAGCUGGCUUCCCAAAUUCGGCAGUUACUCUCUACUGAGCCGCUUGUAAAGAAAGACAAGAAACAAAAGAAACAAGCCAAGGCCGCCAAUAAGGUGACACAUAAUGAAGCAGGCCAGGUACAAAAUGCUGAAGAUUCUGGAGCAGACCUGGAUGAGGAUGCCUCGCUUCAUUAUUACAAGCAAUUGGAGGAGAAGCUGAAGCUAAAACGAAAGAGGGCACAGGCUGAGAAAGAAUGGUCAGAGGAGGUGAAUGAGGAACAAGUGGAUGAAGAUGGAAAGAGAGCCAUCACUUACCAGAUUGCAAAGAACAAAGGCCUCACUCCAAGGAGAAAGAAGAUUGACCGGAAUCCAAGGGUCAAGCACCGUGAGAAGUUCAGGCGGGCCAAAAUUCGCAGAAAGGGCCAGGUGUUGGAGGUCCGCAGAGAAGAGCAGCGGUAUGGAGGAGAACUGUCUGGCAUUCGGGCUGGCGUUAAGAAGAGCAUUAAGCUUAAGUAGAAUUGCCAUUGGUGUGGUGUGUUUUUUGAACUUUUAGUGAGGAAUCAAGUGUGAAAUAAAUGUUACAAAAAGAUCCUGA